GACAUAUUUGACAAAAAAUACAGCGCAAUGAACCAGCCAUCCGGAUCCGGAUAUAAGUAUAUGGGUUGGAAGUAUUUCAACCAAAUGUCCUUCCUAAAAGAAGUACAGAAAUCUCGUCCAAGAAUAGGAAAUUUGCCAACAUGUGAAGGUAAUUAUUGGUUAGAAAUAGAUCGCGAAAAACAGCAGCUAUUGCGAGACAUUGAAAUGCGGAAAAGCGAAAAGAAUAAAUCUACUAACUAUUGUUUUCUGAAUAGUUUGAUAGAACCGCUAAAUUCACUUCCGCUUGUUGCGCAAUUGAAUAUAAAAGAGCAGUUCACUGCAAUUUUGCACGCGGCAUUGAGAGAAAAUGCACAAAACACUGAAAAUCUGAUGUAAAAUAAAGUUUUUUUCCUUACAAAAAAAAAAAACAAAUUUUUCAUUAAUUAGUAUCGUCAACACCCACCUCGAGAAAGGAAAGAACGCGUAGUCUCAAUUAAAGGCUGCUGCUGCUUAUAAAAAUUGCAGUGGCUUUGAUUAUAUAUUAGUGAUGAACGGGUCGACCCGAACCUACCGGGUCGGAGCCUUCCGUAAGUGACCCGGAGUCAUUCGGGUCGACUCGAAAGGUACAAGUAGGUUCAGUAGGUGCAACAACUCCGAUAGGUGCAAGAAAGCAUAAGUGACACCGACCCGUUGGUGCAACGAGUUCGGGUUGGGUCGGGCCAAGGUGGAUUCAUUCCGACCCGCGGGUGCAGCGAGUUCGAGUCGACCCGACUGAUGAGUAGGUGACAAGCGACUUCGACCCGUUGGUACAGCGAGUUCUGGUCGAGUAUUGAACCUACCUUGACCCAACCCGAAAUGCACCAACGUGUCGGAAUCGAGACUGCUUUCUUGCACCUACCGGAUUUCCGGAAUCGUUGCACCUACUGAACCUCCUUGAAUCUUACGGGUCGUUUCGAACGACUCCGAGUUGCUUCCGGAUGUCUCCAAUCCGGUUGGUGCGGGU